UGGCAUCUUAUUAGCAUUAUAUUAUCAUCUGAUUAGCAAGGUGUUUAGAAAUUGAACUGCUGUUGGUUGUGAGUUGAAACUUGCAACUGGGGUUGUCGCGUUCUUUUUCGAAGUGUGUUCCCUGCAAGCCAGCUCGAUCCACCGUUUUGCAACCAUGCCUCCCAAAAGGACGGCCCCAAAUGAGGGUGAGCAAAAACAUGAAGCAAAAGUAGUUAAACCGCUGAGAAGAUCCGAUAGAUUGGAAAAAGCUGCAGCUGCUGCAGCAGCAGCUGUUGCUAAAGAAGAGUCCAAGCCACAGAAACGAGCCAGGAAGCUUUCACCAAAACCCAAGAAACAGCCCAAAGGGAAGGAGAAGAAAAUAACAAAGGAAGAGGUUGCACCUGCUCAAAAUGGUGAAACAAAACCUGAUGAGGUCCGCGUUUCUCGUCCCUCUGUCAGUGUCACUUCAGCUAGAGAUACCCCACUCCACUCACUGUCUGUGAAGGGCCAGGUUGAAACAGUGGCAGUUAAGGGAACAGAAAACUGAAUCUGCAAGCAAUCAGAAAGACGACUGAAGUAUCUGCCGUUGUCUUCGGUUGAUUUUUAUGUAACACUUGAAGAAUUGGAAAUAUUUUUAUCAAGUUAUUUUGUAAAUGCAAAUAUUUUUAGGAUUAGUACAAUUUAGGGUGUGUGUUUGGAAGACAUUGAUAAAACCUAAACAUCCUUUUAGGCAAGUGGGAUCUUUCUAACUUCUAUUGAGCAAAAAAUCAAUUUUAUGAUUGGAAAGAUUUUGCAUUCUUAUUUCUUGACUAACUUGGAUACGUGUUCCAUGGGCUUUUAAGUUUAGAAAUGAUGCCUUUAGUACUUAAGGUGAUUGAAAUGUAUAAUUAAAAAAAUUAGAUUCACUUUUGAAUGUUUGUUGUGAAGCAAUAAAUCUGUGAAUUGUUUAAGAGUUGAUGGAUGAGUGUUGAUGUGAUCAUCUGCUUGAUUUGUGAAGUCUGUUUUGUAAUAAAUGUUUUUUUUCACAGAAUAUCGUUUGAUUAAUCGACAAUUAGCUUUUGUCUGGAUACCUUAAUUUUGCUGUGUUUUUUUAAAAAGCUAACUUCACCUACAAAUAUAAAACAAUGAAUGUCUGCUUUAACUUCAGAUACUGAAUUGAUGAUAAUGAUGCAGUCUGCUCUAGACUAGUUUAUAACUUAAGUAUUUAGUUGGGCUUCUCCAUGACCAAGUCAUGACAGUAACCAAUGAUGUGUAUGUUGUAUUAAUGAUUGUCAAUGUGAUACCUGAAAAAAAACUAGGUCACCUAGCCCAACAAUCAGAAUAGAAGGCUGAUCAAGAUAGCAUUGAAAUAAUUGAGGUGACUAAGCUUUACUGUAAAAUAGGCAGACAAGGAUUUUGCAAAUUCUGAUCAUGUGGCAGCAUUUUAACCAGUUAAACACCAGAGCAGUAAUAUUACUGAACAGGAAUAAUGCUUCAAAUAUAUAACCAAUGCAGAUGUCGUGGUCAGGAAAACGAUGCCUAUUGAGUAUGUAGAUUUUCAGAUUACAAUUGCUGUUAUUUUAGCUGAAUGGAACCAUUUAUAAGUGAAAGAAAAUAAAACUAAUUUUUUUUUCAUGC